CUUUAUAAUAGUGUCUUUUUAGUAGGCCUACUUAAAUAGGUACUCACUAGGCAAGGGUGGACUGGCCAUACAGUAGUGGCAUUCUUCAGGCAAAUGCUUGGUGGGCCGGUACCCAAUUAGGCUGGUAGGGUCAACGAAAGGGCCAUGGGCCAUAUGAAUGUCAGAAAAUUGUUGUAAGAUUUUAUAAUAUUCUCUUUAAAAUAAAAGCAACACUUUGAGCAUAGUAAUUUAAAAAAACAAGAAACGUAAGCCUUUUAUUUUUAUAGAGAUCAACGUUAGUGUGAAUAUUUUUGGAUGAAUCUAUAAAGGGACCAACAACAACAACAAUAUUCCAAAUCCUAUAGAUGACAUGUCCAGUCAAAUAAGAAUUUUUAUUGGUUUGGUGGAGUUGUCACAUGAUCUCGAAUUGGUCCCGCAACAAAGUCCUUCAUAAAUCACAACUAUUAUUUUUAUUAGUCAAUGCUACCAAAUCCCUAUUUCCGUUUAUUGUUUAUUUAGAAGAAUUACAAGUAAAUGAUUAAUUUCUUGCAUUCUUUACACACACAAAAAUGAAAUUAAACCAACUAUGCAUUUAAACUAGAAAAGAAAACUUUAUGACUAUCCUGCAAUCAGUUUCAUUCUUCUAAAAUAAUUUUUAGCAUAUUAUUGUAACGUUUCUCACUAUCCAGGUUUUCUGCAAACUGCACCACACGACACAACCCAUUCAAAGAUUAUGACAACUCAGGGCUCAAAAGUAAUGUAACAGUUUAAUGUCAAAUAAAUGACAGCCCAUACUGUACCAUUGGCAACAACGUAACACUGACUGUACUAAAACUUCGCCUCUUCCUUGCCUUGUACUCAAUUCUCUCUUCCGGAUCGACUUCACUCCAUGCUGGUUAUGUCUCUGACUUUGCCUUGUACUUGUGAAAUAGCAAGGUGAUGAAAGAUUUUUUCAUUGAAACCUACUUUGAUAGGUAUGAUGAAGUCAUGUCGGACUCAUUGCUUACAAUGCUCUGGGCAAUGACUGUGGCCCUUUUUUGUGUUGGGGGCAUGAUGGGAGGAGUUUCUGCUGCAUAUUUUGCAGGGAAAUUUGGAAGGAAAGGUACUCUACUCUUGAAUAAUGCUGUUGCCUUUACCUGUGCUGCUCUACAAGGCUGCAGCAAAGUCUCCAAGUCUUUUGAGGUGUUGAUUGCUGGACAUGUUGUGGCUGGCAUUUGUUGUGGUUUAAAAUCUGCCGUUGCACCAUUGUAUCUUGCCAAAAUAGCACCAAUUUCUCUUCGAGGAUUUUGUGUGACUUGCAACCAGUUGUCAAUCACAUUUGGAGUUCUCAUCGGGGGAAUUCUGGGAAUGAAACUUGUACUGGACACUGAAACCCUUUGGCCAAUACUAGUUGCUAGUCCAACUAUUCCUGCAAUAUACAGUCUUGUAACCUUGACCUUUUGCCCAGAGUCACCAAAAUAUCUGCUGGUGAAUAAAAGAGAUGAUGAUGCGGCUGAAGCAGCUGUGAUUUGGUUAAGAUAAACAAGCAAUGUGUCUGAAGAGAUGGCGGCCAUGAAAAAAGAAGGACAGGACAGGACCUCAGGAACUCACCAAAGUUUAGUGUGCUUGAUUUGAUGAGGACCAGUGAGUUGCGAUGGCCACUAAUUAUAUGCAUAGUACUACAAAUGUCUCAACAGUUUUCUGGCAUCAAUGCUGUGGUCUACUACUCUACAAGUAUUUUUAUCUCAGCUGGUCUGAGCAAGGAGACUUCUCAGUAUGCUACAGUGGCCUUAGGUGUUGUAAAAGUCAUGAUGACCUUCAUAUCUGCAGAAGAACUCUGCACAUGAUUGGCCUUGUGGCCAUGUGUAUCUCCUCAGUAGUACUAGUUGUUUGCCUUUCACUACAGAAAACAUUGCCCUGGCUAUCAUACAUAAGCAUUGUGGCUGUCAUCAUCUACACCUGUCUCUUUGCUACUGGACCAGAAGUCACUAGAAACAUAUUCCUUUCUGCCAUUCUCCAUCAUGCUGUUGUUGUUCUUCAUCUUCACCUACAUGUUUGUCCCAGAGACCAAAGGCAAAAGUAUUUCUGAGAUUACCCAGCUGUUUAAAUCUCCCACUAUGGAUAGAUCAGAAUCCAGAAAUUCCUACAAAAGCUCAAAGAACUGAUACAGCACCCAAGUCUUGAUAAUUGAUCCACCUC